GGAAGUGGACGCGCGUCAUUGGCUGUUUAGCAGCACCUCAGAGUUGUGCUCGUGCAUUCAUUCAAACGGCUGACUUCUGGAGCGCGCGCGAGGAAAGGGCUGAUCUCCUUCGAGCUCAAAUUCAUGUUUCUUCUGUCUAUUCGUGAUUCUGUCAACUAAAUAUAAAGACAUGACGAGACCGGAGUGAAGUAUCUGUUCUCGGCUGGAGCGUGAGGUUGGGCAGAGAUGCUAGAGGAGGGUGAUGGAGAGUUGGAGGGGAUCGGAGGAGGAGGAGAAGGAGACGGGGGGCUUCAAGCAGAGGUGGAGAGGCUGGCGGCAGAACUCCAGGAAGCCAAUGAGGAGAAGUUACAGGCUGCACGGUACGGCCUGGCCGUCCUGGAGGAGAGCGCUACGCUGAAGAUCAAACACAGCCAGCUGGAGGAAGAACAUGAAGCCCUGAAGAUGGAAUUGCAACAACUCAGAGAGGCUCUGGCAGACUCUGUGAGCAGCCAUAAGCGUGCAGCCGCAGAUGGGGAAAGUCGAGAAGAGAGGCUCCUGCAGGAGUCGGCUACUAAAGAGGCAGCCAUGGAGAUUCGCAUGGAUGAGCUGCAGGCAGAGCUUAAACAGGCCCGUGUCAUGCUGGCCAACACCUCGGCUGAAAACGAGCGACUGGCCGGCCUCUCCACUCAGCUGAAGAAGGAGUCUGAGUGCUCGGAGGUGGAGAAGACCCGAAUGAGAGAGGAGAUGAAGGAGUACAAGACUCGAGAGGUGCAGCAGCUUCAGGAUAACAGUGAGCUGGAAGAGGAGAACAUCUCCCUGCAGAAACAAGUCUCAGUGCUUAAGGAGAACCAGGUGGAGUUUGAGUCAGUGAAGUUGGAGUUGACCCAUAAAGAUGAGGAGCUGGAGUUGAUGAGGGCACAGCUAGAAGAGGCCGGGCGUUUGAGGGAGAUUGCAGAGCAUCAGCUGGACGAGGCACUUGAGGCCCUGAAAGAGGAGAGGGAGCAGAAGAACAGCCUGAGACGAGAGCUCACCACCCUUACCCUCAAUCCCUUUGACUCUUUUGGCCACUUAGAGCUACAGCUGAAUGACAGCCGGGAUGGAGAGAAGGACAAAGAGGGAGGAGAGGAGGAGAUGGACAGUGGGUAUAAUAACUCCAAAGGGAUGGAGAGAAACAUGUGCUCCACACCCAGAAACAGCGACGUGUUCCUCAGACCUCAGGCGCCUGGGCUGGUGGCUGAUCUUCUGAGUGAGCUGCACCUGUCAGACAGCCAGAAACUCAAGCAGCAACUGCUGCAGGUGGAGAGAGAGAAAGCCACACUGAGCAGCACUGUGCAUGACCUCCAUCAGCAGUUAUCUCAGUCUAAAGAUGCUCUCAGUGAGCAACAGGUGAAGAUGGAACAGCUGACCCAACGUUUGGAGACCCUUCAGAGUACUGCCUUGAAAAGGCCUGCUGAACGAGAGAAUGGAAUGAGUCUGUCUCCUAGGUCUCUUCAGAACCAAGAAGCCGAAAAUGGCAUCAGCUACUAUGAAGUGGAUGCAAAAAGCACAGAGGUACUAGAGUGCCGCAUGCAAGCGGCAAAUGAGGAGCUUGUUUGUCUGCAUGAGGAGCUGAAAGAGGCUGGCGAACGCUCCAAAGCCCUGGAGGAGCGCUACAAGCAGGAGAAAGAACGCUGGAGGGGUGAGGCACAGGAACUCGCUGAUAAAAUACGACAGUGUAUCGCUGCUAGCCGACAGGAUCAGGAGCGAAUAGGACAAUUGGAACGGGAAAUUGGUGCCACGCGGCAGGUCGCCACUGACUCUGAAUGCCACCUCAGUGCUGCGCAGGAGGAGCUUCUAGCCUUCUCUGAGGAGCUGGCCAACCUUUACCAUCAUGUGUGUGUUUGUAACAACCUCACGCCCAGUCGCGUUACACUGGAUUACUAUCGUGAAGUAGCACAAGCGGGGAGAACGCAAAACCAUUCACAGCCGCACCACUAUCGCGGAUCCCUCCGCAGGCACAGGCGGUCUGGUGAAGUGUUGGACCUGGGCAGCAGAGGAAGCGGAGACACAUCAUCUAGCUGUGAAAGUUGUCCAGGGUCUCCUACACUAGACUUCAGGGACCCAAACAAUGUGCGUAAUCUGGUAGCUGUCAUACGCUGCCAGAUUAAACAUUUACAGGUGGCAGUGGAACUGUGCAGGAAGCGUAACAUGUUGUCCUCUCCAGCAGCAGGAGGGAGCAUUGAAACAGACCGUGACACAGAGGCACUGAUUGAGGAAGUGUUAAAACUGAAGUCCCUCCUGAGCACCAAGAGAGAGCAGAUAGCCACGCUCAGAACUGUCCUAAAGGCCAAUAAACAGACGGCUGAGUUGGCUUUAACCAACCUGAAGACAAAGUACGAGACUGAGAAGAGCAUGGUGACAGAGACUAUGAUGAAGCUGAGAAAUGAACUGAAGGCCCUGAAGGAGGAUGCAGCCACCUUCUCCUCCCUUCGCGUCAUGUUCGCAAGCAGAUGUGACCAGUACGUAACUCAGCUAGAUGAGAUGCAGAGACAGCUCGCCGCCGCUGAAGAUGAGAAAAAGACGCUCAACUCUCUCCUCCGCAUGGCCAUUCAGCAGAAGCUGGCACUGACCCAGCGGCUGGAGGACCUGGAGCCCACUCUGUUCCCUCUCAGUAACGGUGGCAGCCCGCACCACUCCCGGACCAAGCAUCUUUCCAAAUCAGGCAGAGCCCCGCGGAGCCCCAUGAGAAGCAGUCCACGCUCCAGUCCAGUGCUAGUGCCUGCUGGCCCGCAGAGCAGCCACAUGAGGGCGCUCUCACGCAGCCUUCACUGCAGCCCCAGAUGAAAACCUCCUUCUGUCUCCCUCUGUGCUCCAGUACACAUGGACCAUGUUCAUGCCCAGUUCAUGAACACCCUUACCCUGCAGACCUGUCCCAGCAUCCUCUCCUCACCUCAUUGGAUCUCUCGUCAUGUCUCUCGUGCCUCUCCUUCCACCUUGUCUCUCGCCUUCUUUUCCAUAUGGUUGUCUUCCGUUUGUCUGGAUCAAGUCGUUCAGCUUCAAGAUACUGAAAGCUGAACACAGUCAUUUCAUACCAUCAGAUUUUUUCCUUAUUCAUGAACACAUGUACCAAACCAAAAACGCUUGGAGAUCAGUAUUGUUUAGUCUAACUGGCUGUGACAGACCUUUUCUUAUACGAGCCAUAGAUAAACACCUUGCUUUUGAUUUUAGCCAUUAAAAACUGAAUUUUUAGCUAUCAUGGAGGACAUUCAUCUGGUAUAACUGACCAGUUGUGCAGUUCCACUAUUGGUUAUUGACAUAUAACUUGCCCUGGCCUUUAAAGACCGCUACGGUGAAGUAAAAAACAAACAAACGCACACAACCAGUAAACAGAACAAUCAACUAUGCAUAGAUACAAAGACUUUUGCUGCUAAUUAGCUCAUGCAAAAAUAAAUAAAUAAAUACAAUUACCAAACUGCCAGUUUAUUCUGCCUACAACACAGUUAACCAACAGCACUGUUAGACAAAUGGGAUUUAUUUUUAAAUAGGACGGUGGUAAACUUGUAAUGGUUGUGUUCAUGUCAAAGGGAACACAUUGACUAGGGAAAAUUGUAAUGGGAUUUAAAAUUGUGCCUUAAUACUCUGAUGUUUUGAGUGAAAAUUUGUAGAUAAUUGAUUUAAUAUUUUGUUUAUUGAAUUAAUGGUAAGGGUGUAGAUUGUUUUAAGACUAAUUAUGGACUUUUGUUUAUGCAUGUAUGUACAGAUAAUGUUACAUUCCCAGCAAUAGGCUUGUUUUGUUAAAAAUAAUAUUUCACUGUUCUUGUCAGAACUGUGUGUGUGUUUGUAAGAUGUUGUGUCGACCUGCCUGUCAACACUUUCAUCUCCGUCUUUCAUGAUAUUUCCAUAUUGAAAAGAAGCUUCCUAUUGUAUUUUUAUUCUGUUAAUUUUUUUAACCUGAUUUUCUUUUAUAUUAUAUUGUUCAGCCCUACAGAAUGGUAAUUUCCAUGCAAUAUCAGAUCUUCUUUGUGAAUAUGUAUUGAAAAAAUAAAGAUUUCAAUGUUCGUGUA